ACCUUCGUCCCCUGCGAAGACGCCACCAAGAGCCACCGCGACCCCUGCCCGCCGCUCAGAUCCGCCGGUGACCCUGACGACCACCCCGAGCCACCGGUAACCCGACAGCGCCCCCUGCCCCGCGGGCGGCCAGGCGCGCCAUGAAGUCGGCGGCGAGCGCGCGCGGGGGCGGCGGCUGGGGCGCCUGGGGCGCGGGGCGCGGUGGCGGCGGUGGCGGCGGCGACGGCGGCGGCCCCGGGGGCAAGAGCGGCUUCGGGGCGCGGGCGCGCAGCUUCGGCGGGGGCGGCCGGGGCCGGGGGCGCGGCGGCGGGGAUGGCAGGGACCGCGGCGGCGGCGGCGGGCAGCGGCGGGGCGGCGGGGUCAAGAGCAAGAGCCGCCGCAGGAAGGGAGUCAUCACCGUGUCGGUGGAGCCGCACCGGCACGAGGGCGUCUUCAUCUACCGCGGCGCCGAGGACGCGCUGGUCACGCUCAACAUGGUGCCUGGGCUCUCCGUGUACGGCGAGCGGCGCGUCACAGUGACCGAGGGCGGCGUGAAGCAGGAAUACCGCACCUGGAACCCGUUCCGGUCUAAGCUGGCCGCGGCCAUCCUGGGCGGGGUGGACCAGAUCCACAUUAAGCCCAAGUCCAAGGUGCUGUACCUGGGCGCCGCGUCGGGGACCACGGUCUCCCACGUCUCCGACAUCAUCGGCCCCGACGGCCUGGUGUACGCAGUGGAGUUCUCCCACCGCGCCGGCCGCGAUCUGGUCAAUGUGGCCAAGAAGAGAACCAACAUCAUCCCAGUCCUGGAAGACGCCCGGCACCCGCUCAAGUACCGCAUGCUCAUCGGGAUGGUGGACGUGAUCUUCGCCGACGUGGCCCAGCCCGAUCAGUCCCGGAUCGUGGCUCUGAACGCCCACACCUUCCUGCGCAACGGGGGCCACUUUCUCAUCUCCAUCAAGGCCAACUGCAUCGACUCCACCGCGUCCGCGGAGGCUGUGUUUGCUUCUGAGGUGAGGAAGUUGCAGCAGGAGAAUCUGAAGCCUCAGGAGCAGCUGACCCUGGAGCCCUAUGAGAGAGACCACGCCGUGGUCGUGGGCGUCUAUCGGCCCCUUCCCAAGAGCAGCAGCAAAUAGCUCUCAGUUGAGGCGCUCCUUGGGGAUCCCCCCAAGACUGUGUCUUUGGUGUUGGGUAGUGUUUAUAUACGUGUCUCCUUUGCGACAUUUUGUUUUGUUGUUUUUCUAUUGAAUGCCAUAAAGAGACAGUACCCAGGAGUGACAUGAGGCCAGGCUGGAUUUUGCUGCAGUAACAAUCAAUCCCCAGAUCUUCUGUUCACAUUGGCUAUGUCACCUGACCAAUCCUGACUCCAGGGUACUGAUGGAUGGUAAUACAGUUGGACACACCCAAUGUGUCUGACUCAAAGCCAGAGUCUUAACCACAAUCAGUUUGUAAUUCUUCAGCUAAGAUGCAUCCACUGUCCAUUUAAUCUUCACACUCACCCUGAGAUGACUUUGUUACCAUGUUUGUAUUACAUGUGAAGCAACAGGGCUUCUGAAGGUAAGUGAGCUGCUCAAAUUUACAUAGCCAGUAAAAAGGCAGAACUUAAAUUCCAGUCUUUGGGAUUCCAAAUACACUGCUAUUUCACUGGCUGCAGUGGGAUUUUGUCUCUUCCUUUCCCCAUGGCACACACUGGGACAUAUGGCCUUUCCAUGUUCUCCCCGUUUCCCACAAGGCUACCUCUUUCUUAGGUUUCAUAACAGCAAAUCAAGGCAGGGGCACAGGACAUGGGUCUGCCUAGCAGAUGGUCCCACUGCAGGCAUAACAUACCAAAGAGGCAUGACCAAGUGUCUGCAGAACAGCUGGAAAAAUUAUUCCCAGGAAGUACCUGUCUCUGCAGGGAGAGUCCUGCAGACACUGAGAUGCUGGACUCAGUAGGUUGGAUUCUGGCUCUCCAAACUAGCUUGAAGGGAACUGGGGAAUGAGCAACCCCAGGAGAGUGGAGAAUGCCCACAUCACUUUAAACCAGAGGCCUUUCAUUUAUUCCCUCAUUCAUACACUCAAUAAAAAAAAACCAUUGCCAACUGGGAAAGUCAUCAACAUUUAGUCCGGGAAUAAUAGCUCACUGAUGCAUCAUGUAUUUGCCUACCUAAAGAUGUGCUUAGGUGGAGAUUGUGGUUAGUCUCCUUUAUCUGAGGGUGUAAAACAAACAAAAAAAAGGAUACAUUAGACUUUUGUUUGGGGAGAUGCGUGUGGAAUAAACCAGACUUUUAAAAGGCAGCCACCCUUCACCACUACCCCACCCCACCCCAAAAUUCAGCAAGAGAGCUGUAGUUCAGAUUUGUUAGCAAGACUAGCUUUCAGAAAGAUAGCAAAUGAGGUAACUGUCUACAAAAACUCAAAGCAGUGGUUUCCCUAAACAAGUAUUUUCUUUUCUUUUCUUUUUUUUUUGUAGAGACAGAGUCUCACUUUAUGGCCCUCGGUAGAGUGCCGUGGCCUCACACAGUUCACAGCAACCUCCAACUCCUGGGCUUAAGCGAUUCUCUUGCCUCAGCCUCCCGAGUAGCUGGGACUACAGGCGCCCGCCACAGCCCUGUAAAGCCAGGA